AUGCAGGAUUUUUUGCUGACUUGGGCCCACUUCGGUUUCAACUUUGAGAAAGUUGGGAACCAAGUUAGGACUCAUAAUGGGACUCGCGUCGGGACUCACAACCCGAUUGGGCCGAACAUGACACCCCCUAAUUGUAGUGCUGUGGCAAGGCUCCAUUCGGGUGCUGAAGCUAGAUUCGAGUACAACUGGGAGGGACAACUUUCCUUUUUGCGGUUUUGGGCCGCCAGUCCAGAGAGUACCUGUUUGAUAGGCCAGUUCAGAUCGAAUAUGACACCUCUAAACGCAACCUUCCUAUCGCCACUCAUAUUGGGAUUGGUGUACUGUAUCUACAAGAAAGUUCGUGGCAAGGGGCCCUAUUCUCGCCUUCCUCUACCACCCGGUCCCAAGCGCCUUCCAUUGGUGGGAAACCUCUGGAACCUCCCCGACAAAUUUGAGUGGGAAACGUACCACAAAUGGUGCAAGGAACUCAACACGGAUAUCCUUUACCUCAACCUCGCAGGCACAAAUGUUGUUGUGCUGGAUACAUACGAGGCUGCCUCUGACUUACUCGAGAAGCGCUCGUCCAUCUACUCGGGAAGACCACAGCAAAUCAUGGCUGGCGAGUUGAUUGGAUGGGAGUUCAGUACUGGGUUACUGCCUUACGGAGAGAAAUGGCGAAAACACCGAAAACUUAUGCACUCGGCCUUCCACUCCACCUCAUUCGCCCAAUUCAAACCAGAUUUCCUGUGCGCCAGUAGGAACCUACUCAACAGAAUUCUCGAUUAUCCAGAUGACAUCAUCGCAAACAUAAGACACAUGGCCGGCGAGACGAUCAUGUCCAUUACCUACGGUAUCAAUGCUCUCCCGAAGAACGAUCCUUACAUCGAGACUGCAGAAAGGAGCCUACGCACCCUCGACGCCGUCGUUCCAGGCGCCUUCCUCGUCGACAGCUUCCCCUGGUUGAAGUACAUCCCCAAAUUUCUUCCGGGCGCCGGGUUCAAGAGGAAGGCAAGGGAGUGGCAUAAAUUGACACGUAUGAUGGUCGAGAACCCGUACAAAGCCGCGAUGCGCGAUAUGGACGCUGGGAUGGAACACUCCGGACCUUCGUUCUUGACGAUAGGACUGGGUUUCAUGCGAGCGAGCGAGGAAGAGGGCUGGAUUACGGAGGAUGACGUUCAGGAUGGCGCAGGAACCGUCUAUACCGCUGGCACAGAUACGACAGUCGCCACGUUAGCAUCAUGUAUACUCGGACUCUUGGACAGGCCGGACGUUCUGCAAAAAGCUCAGAUUGAAAUAGAUCGCGUUGUCAGGCCCGGCCACCUUCCGGAGUUCGAAGACGAGCCAUCCUUGCCGUAUAUUACGGCUAUCGUAAAAGAGAGCCUUCGGUGGUUCGCCGUAGUGCCUACGGCUAUCCCCCAUCUCCUGGAAGUUGAAGACGAAUACAAAGGUUAUCGACUCCCAGCUGGGACGAUCGUCAUGGGGAACUCAUGGGCGAUGCUCAAUGACGAGAAAGUCUAUCUUGAUCCUUCCACGUUCAAUCCUGAUCGGUUUAUGAGAGACGGGGAGUUGAACCACGAGAUUCGCAUGUUGGGGCUUUGGAAGACGGUAGGCAUCUCUCCUAUGAUUUCGAACCAUUGA